AUGUGUCGCGGAGCCUGGCGUGUGUGGGGAUGGGUGGCUUCGCCGGGCGGGCAGCAGGGCGUUUGGAAGGAAUGCCAGCUUUUACGUAACGUUCUCUUUGCUCCUGACACCGUGCGAGGGUCCAUCUUCCCGUCACGGAUGGAGUGGAGUGGCUUAAACAUGAUAAUUAGCACCAUGGAGCCUCAGGUAUCAAAUGGCCCUACAUCUAACACGACCAACGGACCGUCCAGCAAUAGUCGAAAUUGUCCUUCGCCCAUGCAGACCGGGGCCACCACUGACGACAGCAAGACCAACCUCAUCGUCAACUACUUGCCCCAGAACAUGACCCAGGAGGAGUUCCGGAGUCUCUUUGGCAGCAUCGGGGAGAUUGAGUCCUGCAAGCUUGUGCGUGACAAAAUCACAGGACAGAGUUUGGGGUAUGGAUUUGUUAACUAUAUUGAUCCAAAGGAUGCAGAGAAAGCCAUCAACACUUUAAAUGGACUUCGACUCCAGACGAAAACCAUCAAGGUUUCCUACGCCCGUCCGAGCUCAGCAUCCAUUCGGGAUGCAAACUUGUACGUCAGCGGCCUCCCAAAAACCAUGACCCAGAAAGAACUGGAGCAGCUCUUCUCGCAGUAUGGCCGUAUCAUCACCUCCCGCAUCCUGGUGGAUCAAGUCACAGGUGUUUCUCGAGGCGUGGGAUUCAUCCGCUUUGACAAGAGAAUAGAGGCAGAAGAAGCCAUCAAAGGCUUGAACGGCCAGAAGCCCAGUGGUGCUACGGAACCCAUUACUGUGAAGUUUGCCAACAACCCCAGCCAGAAGACGAGCCAGGCCCUGCUCUCACAGCUCUACCAGUCACCCAACAGACGCUACCCGGGGCCUCUGCACCACCAGGCACAGAGAUUCAGGCUGGACAAUUUGCUUAAUAUGGCCUAUGGCGUAAAGAGGUUCUCCCCCAUCACAAUCGACGGGAUGACAAGCCUGGUUGGAAUGAACAUCCCGGGGCACACCGGGACUGGUUGGUGCAUCUUUGUUUACAACCUGUCUCCCGACUCUGACGAGAGUGUCCUGUGGCAGCUCUUUGGCCCGUUUGGGGCUGUGAACAACGUCAAAGUCAUCCGUGACUUCAACACCAACAAGUGCAAGGGGUUCGGUUUUGUCACCAUGACCAAUUACGAUGAGGCCGCCAUGGCGAUCGCCAGCCUUAACGGAUACCGCCUGGGAGACCGAGUGUUGCAAGUUUCCUUCAAAACCAACAAAACCCACAAAUCCUGAAUUUCAUAUCCUUACUUAUUCAAAUAUAUAUAUAAAUAUAUACGAACAAAACACACACAAAAAAAGAGAGAGAGAGAAGGAGAGAGAGAAACAAACUUUUGGAGGCUUAUGUUCAACCAUGGACUUUCUAAGCCAGUGUUGCCUAAGUAUUAAAACAUUGGAUAUCCUGAGAUGUACCAGGAAAGGGUUUUAUAUAAUGCUUAGAAAAUAACAAAACAAACCUUUGAUGCAUUGAAUGUUCUUUAUAGAUGUUAUUGUUGAAUAUGACCUACAUAGAUGACGAUGUACAGGGAUUUUUACCCAGCCGGCUAACUUUACCGCCUUCUUUGAAGGGGAAUCUUUUUAAGGUGACCAUUCGCUUAUUUGAAGAAAA